AUACUUUUUUUUUUUGAAAGAAAAGAACACAAUGCAGACUCCUUCCAGCCUUCCUGCUUAUUGUGACCAAGAAGAUUUCCAACAGCAGACCAGCGUCACGACAACAAGAAUUAUUUCUGAGAAGAAACCAGAGAAUGCACCCCAGCUAAUAAACAAGGUAGGGGAUAUCCACCUUGUUGUAAAUGCGCCUCCUGCUGCAGCACCAAUGCAACCGGCACCAAUGCAACCAGCACCAAUGCAACCGGCACCAGUGCAACCAGUGGGACUUCUGCCAGCUGGAGCAAUGUACGGGCAAGUAAUGCAGAUGCAACAAGUGCAACCAGGGUAUGUGGCUCCUCAGAUUCAACAGCCCUAUGCUUGCAUCAACACGAAUUUCGGAGACACUCCCUGCAUGACAAGAUGCUCCAACUGUCAGCAACAGGUGCAGACCAAGGUUAUAUACAAAGCUGGAGGGUUCGCCUGGCUCAUGUGCUUUGUGUUCAUUUUCUUUGGGGCCAUUUUCGGGUGCUGCCUUAUACCCUUUUUUUCUGACAGCUUCAAAGAUGCGCAUCACUCCUGCCCUUACUGCCAUCAGAACCUGCACGUCCACAAGCGGAUGUAGCAGGUGAGGCUGGCUUCGUUCUGCUGGCAUGCUGGAUUCAGAAGCAUAUCACUUCAUUUUGUUUUCUUCUUCUUGCUUCAGAACUGUGUUAACUAUUAACUUGGGAGUAUGUGCAUUAUGUAUCUUAAAACAAUUGUAAUACUGAACAACUUGAGAUUAUAAGAUGACCCUGAAUUUCACCAUGCAUUUUCAUUUAGAAAGAAGUAUCCUGCCAAAAUUAUUUUGUUAAUUUUUUUUUUUUUUAUAUACAAAUCAGUUAGUUGUAAAUCUAGCUCAUCCCUGAUAAAACCAGACUUCAGAACAGCAUGGUUACUGAUAAAGAGUGAACAAGCAAGGCGAAGGGCAGGGAGGGAGUCUGUUCCAAAACAAAACGCUUUUGUCAGGGGUGGGAUGAUACUAAUGGAUAUUCUACUGUCUCUCCAAAUAAAUUUCCUAUGAAAAUGUAA